UUGCUGUGGCGCCGCCGCUGGCUGCAGCUCUUGGACCCCUACCAUGGAAGAGACAAUAGAAGAUCCCCCCACAUCAGCUGUCUUGCUGGACCAUUGUCAUUUCUCUCAGGUCAUCUUUAACAGUGUGGAGAAGUUCUACGUCCCUGGAGGGGACAUCACAUGCUAUUACACCCUCACCCAGCAUUUCAUUCCCCGUCGAAAGGAUUGGAUUGGCAUCUUUAGAGUGGGAUGGAAGACAACCCGUGAGUACUACACCUUCAUGUGGGUUACUUUGCCCGUUGACCUAAACAGCAAAUCUCCCAAACAGCAGGAGGUUCAAUUCAAAGCUUAUUACCUGCCCAAGGAUGAUGAGUAUUACCAGUUCUGCUAUGUGGAUCAGGAUGGUGUGGUCCGGGGGGCAAGUAUCCCUUUCCAGUUCUGUCCAGAAAAUGAGGAGGACAUCCUGGUUGUUACCACUCAGGGUGAGGUGGAAGAGAUUGAGCAACACAACGAGGAGCUCUGCAGAGAAAACAAGCAGCUGAAGGACAGCUGUGUCAGCCUCCAGAAGCAGAACGCAGACAUGCAUGCUAGGCUCCAGAAGAAGCAGGAGGAGCUAGAAACCCUCAAGAGCAUCAAUAAGAAAUUGGAACAGACAAUGAAAGAGCAGAAGGACUGUUGGGAGACAGAGCUUCUUCAGCUGAAAGAACAAAACCAGAAGAUGUCCUCAGAAAAUGAGAAGAUGGGAGUCAGAGUGGAUCAGCUUCAGGCCCAGCUGUCAACUCAAGAGAAAGAAAUAGAGAAGCUUGUUCAGGGAGUUCAAGAUAAAGCAGAGCAGUUGGAGGACCUGAAAAAGGAAAAUGGCCAGCUCUUUCUCAGUUUAAGUGAACAGAGGGAACACCGGAAGGAGCUCGAGCGGACAGUGGAGGAGAUGAAGCAGAAAGAAACUACUGCAGCGAAGAAACAACAGGAGUUAACGGACCAGAACUUUGACCUGUCAAAAAGACUGAGUGAGAACAAGAUUAUAUAUAAUGUUCUGCAGAAAGAGAAAGAGAGAAUGGAAGAAGAAAAUGAUCUUUUGAAGAUGGAGAACAGCACACUGCUGAGUUACAUGGGUCUGAAUUAUGACUCUUUGCCGUAUCAAGCGCCUGCUUCGAAUCAAGGAGGUGCAAGACAAAACCCAGGACUUGUCUAUGGAAACCCAUAUUCUGGUAUCCAAGAAAGUUCUGCCCCCAGCCUGCUCUCCAUCAAGAAAUGCCCCACCUGCAAAUCAGACUUUCCUGAUGACUUGUUUGAUCACACCUUGGAGCAGCACAUGCAGACCCUUAGUUUGAAUUGUCCAAUUUGUGACAAGGCCUUCCCAGCAAAAGAGAAGCAGAUCUUUGAAGACCAUGUGUUGUGCCACACUCUCUAAGUGUCCCAGCCUCUUGGAUCUAUACUGUACAUGGAUUUUAUAGAGUAGAAGCUUCUACUAUGAGUUAUGACCCAAGAUCCUGCCUAACCUGAAUUAUUAGGGAUUUACUUAGUCCUGCUGCCCUAUAGGUGGAGUCAUGUCGAUUAUCUGAAGCAUAGUGUUAAGGGCUGUUACUUCCAUCCUUGUGGGUUUUAGUACCUUUUAAGUCACAUAAUUCCAACUGUGUCAGCCUCUCAACUAAAAUGCCCAUUCUUCCAAGGGUCUCCAGCAUAAAGGCCCUGGGAUGGAGCUGACCUGGCUGUUCACAGGAGGCCUGACUCGAGUACUAAGUGAGUAGUUUUCCAGGUUGUCCCACUGCCAUUCAAGGUCAGGCCUUGAGUGAGUUUGUACUCAGUCCUCAGUCCUAACCCUGGGACUGGCGACUGAUCAGAGGUUGAGAAUUUCUACCUCCUCCUCAGGCCUCCUUCUCCAACUAAUUUAGAAUAGUCAAAAAAGGCAUGGCAGAGAACGCAGACAUCCAAUUUGGAUACCAAAGUUUUCUCAUCUUGAUUUCCCAGCUCCCAGCGGAAGCAUUCCUGAACAAUGGACAUGAAAUAUUAUUUCACUCACAGAAAGUCUUUCUCUCUGGAUACCUCUGAUGCAUUUUCUACUCUGGUUUUUUCCUGUGCACAUAACUAUUAUUGUUGUAAGUCCUUUCUUAAUGGUUAGUGGGACUUGUUAGAAACUGUAUGGGUUUGCAACUUUCUGAGCAGGUGAGUUUGAAUAUGGAUAAGUUAGAAUGAGAACUAUUGUUAAUCACUUUAAUACUAAAAAUAAACUAGUCCUCUACUUCAGGGACUUUGGUAAUUUAAAAUAAA